UCAAGGUUUCAAAUCUAGAGCAGAUAUGAACACUUUUUCACAUGUUCCUCCUGGCUUUCGUUUCCAUCCCACUGAUGAAGAACUUGUUGAUUACUACCUUAGGAAAAAGAUAGCUUCUAAAAGGAUUGAUCUAGAUGUGAUAAAAGAUGUCGAUCUCUAUAAAAUUGAGCCAUGGGAUCUUCAAGAAUUAUGCAAAAUAGGAACUGAUGAACAAAAUGAAUGGUAUUUCUUUAGUCAUAAAGAUAAGAAGUACCCAACUGGCACUCGCACCAAUAGAGCAACAAAGGCAGGAUUCUGGAAAGCUACAGGAAGGGACAAAGCAAUUUACUCUAAGCAUUGCCUUAUUGGCAUGCGAAAGACACUGGUGUUUUACCAAGGAAGAGCCCCCAAUGGACAGAAAUCUGACUGGAUCAUGCAUGAGUACCGGCUCGAAACCAAUGAAAACGGAACUACUCAGGAAGAAGGGUGGGUUGUAUGUAGAGCUUUCAAGAAAAGAAUGACAACAAUGCGGAAAGUGGGGGACUAUGAAUCACCCUGUUGGUAUGAUGACCAAGUCAUAUUCAUGCAAGAGCUUGAAUCCCCAAGGCGAAUUUCUCACCCUAAUUAUGCAUCGUACCACCAACACUACCCCUGCAAGCAGGAGUUGGAAUUGCAAUACAAUAUACCCAAUGACGCUUUCCUCCAACUUCCACAACUUGAAAGCCCUAAAUUUCCUCAAUCUGCAACCAGUUUAAGUUGCAGCCCAGUUGUCCCUUACGGCUUUGAUAGCAAUAACAAUGGAAGUGCUUUGCAGUCGUCAUCACUCACUCAAGAAGAACGCAUACAGCGUUGCCAGCAACAAAAUCUGCAAUUGCUUUAUGGUAGCAAUGAUCAAGCAGUAGAACUAGUGACGGAUUGGCGAGUGCUUGACAAAUUUGUUGCUUCUCAGCUCAGUCACGAUCAAGAAGUUUCCAAGGAAGCCAGUUAUUCCAAUGUGGCUGAACAAAGUACUAUGCUUGCAAAUGAAUCCAAAAACCCAGAAAACGGCAAGGAAUAUGCUUCAACAUCAACAUCCAGUUGCCAGAUUGACCUGUGGAAGUGA